AUGAUUUACAAUUGUUUGUAAGCUGUAAAAGUGCAUGCCGUAUAGCUUAAUCAGAGCGUAAAAGGGUAACACAGGACAUUGGUCCUUGCGCUGUCAAGAAGCGUUGCACGGAACCGCCCUUAUUUACGACCAAAUUGAUAAGGAGGACGAACAGUGUUUAUUCAUAUUGUUGGAUGCGGUAAACCUUGAAAGCACAUCAAAAUGCUGGGAAUUUUGGAGGUGCUGCUAUUCCUUUGCAUCAUUGGAUACUUCUUCAACAAGGAACGAGCAAUCGAUAUGGUUGAUAUCAUAUCGAACCGCGUUCAGGAAGCAUAUGGGUCGUUCCGGUUACCGAGCAUGUUUGGGCCGGGAACGGAAACCCAACAAAAUGGUGGUUUUUCGACCUACUCCAUGCUUAAGCGUUUCGGCGAGGCUGGAAGACGGCAGCGUGAGUUAAAUGCAGACAUUGAUCGACAGGUGCGACAGCAAAGUCUCUUCCACAUAAAGGAAAUGCCGAUAACGCACGUACAACCAGAAUUAAAACCAAUUCCAGGCAUGGCAUGCCCACACUGCUCUCCGACAGAAAGCUGCCCUCAGCUCAGUGCGGACGAUCGGCGUCGUCAUGCGAUAGAUAUUCUGCGCGUAACCACGCAUGCUGGUGAGCAGUAUGCUCGUGUCAACAAUCCAGGAUCCUUCGACUGGGGAGUUUGGUGCCCGCAUCUGGCUCAGGCGACCCGUGUCCGCCGCUUUCCGUACCCACAGGUAGCUGGUGCCGUUUUGCCCGAUGAACGAGUGCAGGAGGCCCUGGAUAUGGCCGCAAAGGAAUCCAUUAAUGACAAACGAGCAGAGCUGGGUGUUGCGGAAAAUGAUGAAAGCUUCGACGAAGAUAGCUUUUACAUGAAGAUGCUUCAAAUUCAUGAAACGAGAGCGAUAAAGAUCCUGAUCGGUAUGGGGUCGAAGAUAUCAGACUUCGUGUUGCGCAUUACCUCGUGGGUGCUGUAUAAAAUACUGCCAUGCUUUAUGUCUGGCGUGGUUGCCCAUCCAGCGCAGGUGGAGAUGAUAAAACGCGCCAUCGCGAAACAUCCGGGCGUGCCGCUAAUCUUCUUACCACUCCAUCGCAGCCAUCUCGACUAUAUAAUGGUGAGCUUUAUUCUGCUGAACAACGAUAUUAAAUGUCCGCUGGUAGCCGGUGGGGACAACCUUCGCAUUCCCGUGUUCGGUAGCAUUCUUCGAUAUGAUGGAGCGUUCUUCAUUAAGCGCAAGAUCGACCCAUUAACUGGCAAAAAGGAUCACGUGUACCGAGCUAUACUGCACACCUACUUACAGAAGUGUUUGACGGCUGGUCAUAAUGUAGAAUUUUUCAUCGAAGGUGGUCGCACCCGCACGGGCAAACCUUGUAUGCCAAAGAGCGGCAUUCUGUCAGUGAUUGUUGACGCGUUCAAUGAUAAAAGUAUCUCGGACGCAUUACUUGUUCCAGUAUCGAUCAAUUACGAAAAGUUGGUCGAUGGCAAUUUUGUCCGCGAGCAGCUAGGUCAGAAGAAAAUUCCGGAAAGCUUUGCUUCGGCCGCGUCUGCUAUCAUGAAGGUACUAAAAGCCCGUUACGGGCUGAUGAGAAUCGAUUUCAAUGAGCCGUUCUCGCUAAGCGAGCUAGUAAAAUCGUUACGUAAAUCCGACACUGCGCACAAUUACACACCAGAGAUGCGACGAUUGCAGCACAAACCAUCUUCCUCCUCUCUGUUCGGUACGGAUGUGGUGCAGGAAGAGCAGGAUCAACGUCAGCUGAUCGACAACAUUGCACGGCAUGUGGUAUACGACAGUGCUCGUGCCACAUCCGUCAUGACCACAAAUGCUCUAGCAUUCCUCCUUUUGAACCGUUUCCGAGAUGGAGCACCGCUUUCGAUUCUGGUAGAGGCUCUUGAUGAGCUACGUGCCGUGUUGAAUGGCGUACGAGAUCUCGGUUUUACGGGUGCCUCGGAAGACGUAAUACGCUAUGCGACAGAUUUACUCGGCCCUGGCCUCGUGAGCAAGGAAAUGCGCAAUGGGCAAUUGUUUAUCAAACCGGUUGUUAUGAUUCCUAACGUGAUCGAACUGUCUUACUAUUCGAACUGCCUUCUACCUCACUUUGCGCUAGAAUCGAUCGUGGUUACGUGUGCAAGUUUAUUGAAGCGUGAAACUGAACGUAAAGCGAACAUCGAUCGACACGAUCACGUGGAAGAGGUGACGAUCGGGAGACGCGCGUUGUUAGAGAUGUGUAUGGAGUUUGCCGAGCUGCUGAUGUACGAGUUCAUCCUAUGCAAACCGUGUCAGAAGCUCGAAACAGUUAUUGAGAACACACUGAAUGACCUUUGCAUUCGGGAGAUUCUGUUGCAACCGGAAGUGGAGUUCACCGAGGAACAAGCGAUGGCUCGGAAACUGGCACAUAAUUUGGAGUGCGAUGGAUUGGAUGUUGAUGACGAAGAACUGGAUGAUUAUUUCGAUGAGCAACAUGUGUCCAUCUCAGGCGGUAAAUUUGGAAUGGAGGAUGAUGACAUACGAAUACACUUCCCUGCAGAAAAGCAUUGUGAUCGGCUUGUACUGCAAUCGGUCCUGGCUCCUUUUAGUAGUACAUACUCGGCAGUGGCAUCAUCAUUGCAUCAGUUGCUUGAUGGUAAUUCUAUAGUGGAAUCGGAAUUUAUUCGCCUGUGCAUCAAAGAAAUUAGCACACGUGUUGAGCUAGGAGACUGUAAAUACGGUGAAAGCAUAUCCACGGACACUGUACGAAACUGCCUAAAGGUGUUCGAGAAGCGAUCGUAUAUCGAGAUUACAAACAACAACGGCGUAAGGUUGGUUUCGCUACAAGCACCCUUCGAUACAAUGACGGAGCUGCAGAACAUAGUACAACAGGUGCACAUUUUCGUACCGGUCUAGAAAGCGACGGGAAGUGAUCGUUGCAUUAUAAUAAUCCUGACGAUACCAAACCUACAAUCGUUUAGUAAAACAAGCGGUUGCAGCAUAGCAUACAUGUAAUGCGCGUUAGUCUAAGACAAACAAGCUAGGAGGAAAAACGAUAAGCAAGGUUUGUGAUUUGAUUUUGAAACCUCAAAAGACUGUUUGUACUCCUCCGAAAUUUAUGCUGAAAGCACAAAAGAAAAUUACAGUCCAAAAUGUAAUUGGCGGGCAUAGGAUACGACGUUGCCUGUACGAUAUACGAUAGUUAUGACAAAGAAUAUUGUUGUUUUUGUUUUUAGUCUAGUAACACAUGCGUCAUAAUUGCUCAAUCAACUGCAUAUGGACAUCAUAAUUUCCAGUGAAGUAGAGAUGUUUCUUAUUAUUCGUAGACUUGUAUUAAAAAUGAACAACAUGCAAUUCAUAUCAGGUUGGAUCAUGUGAAUUUCUGUUCACACGGUACAAUACCAACUAGUGAAGGUACGAAACUAAACGAAAAAUCACAUGCGGGUAUUGUGAGAAGUUUAUUCGAUUAUAGAACGAAAUUGAUUAGACAUGAGCUGCAUGAAAUAUAUAAAAUGAUUCUUAUAUGAA